GAGUUUCCUCCCUUCUUAGCAGCAUGGAUCAAGGCACUGUACUGCUGUGGUCUGACUGACAGAACUCUCAAUGAUGUCGCCUUUUUCUUUUCAUAGGCAACUGAGACUGCCCAGAAAACGCAAUCUCUUGGGAAAAUAACUAAUCACAGGAUGGUAGACAACUCCAGUACACAAAGAAACAACUCGUGCUUUGAAACGGUUAUCUCAACUGGAACAUUUCGCAAUGGAUCGAACACCAGCUUGCUUCCAGAGCGAGAUCUGGAACUUGCCAAGGUGGAAGUUGCAGUCCUGGCUGCAGUUUUUGUGCUGGCCACUUUUAGCAACUUGGUGGUCCUUUAUGUCCUAAUCAAGCGCAGGAAAUAUAACACUCCAAUGCAUGCCUUCAUGACAAAUCUGUGCAUAGCAGACUUGGUGGUGGCAUUCUUCCAGGUCCUACCACAACUCCUCUGGGAUGUUACAGACCAGUUUCUUGGACCAGACCUUUUGUGCCGAGCUGUCAAGUACUUUCAAGUUGUUGGCAUGUUUGCUUCUUCAUACAUGAUAGUUGCUAUGACCUUUGAUAGGCAUCAAGCUAUCUGCAGACCCAUGAUGACCUAUCGGAAGGGUAUAGCUCGUUGGAACAUUCCUGUCAUUGUGGCUUGGACUUUUUCCUUUCUGCUCAGUCUCCCACAAAUUGUUAUCUUCUCCAAGAAGGAAAUCAAGCCAGGUGUCUUUCAGUGCUGGGCUCAUUUCCAAGAGCCAUGGGGGCUGAGGACCUAUGUGACUUGGGUAACUGUCAUGGUCUUUAUUCUGCCUGCAGUGAUAAUUGCAAUCUGCCAGUUUCGCAUUUUCAAAGAGAUUCAUGACAACCUUUAUCUAAAGUCAGAGAGGACAAUAGCACAAGUGAAGAAACAGCAGCAGCAGCAACAGCAGACAUCCAGAAAAAACUCUGAUGACUCUGGUGUAUCCACAGCAAUGUCCAAAACUAUCAGGAUGACGUUUGUUAUUGUGGUUAUCUAUAUCGCUUGCUGGGCUCCAUUUUUUAUUACACAGUUGUGGAGUGUUUGGGAUCCCCACGCACCAAAGGAAGGUGUUGCCUUCACAAUCCUGAUGCUAUUAGCAAGUCUGAACAGCUGCAGCAACCCUUGGAUCUACACUGCUUUCAGCAGUAGUGUGUCUCAAGAACUGUGGACACUGCUGUGUUGUGUCCACAACAAAUUUCGGAGAAAAUCCAUAGGAGAAGACUCAUGUAUAACUGCUUCAUCCUCACUUCCCAAAGAAUCUCUGUAUUAAAAUUC